AUGGGGAAUCUUACUAGUUCGUUGCAGGAUUGCAUAGAGCUGGAUGAUUCCAUGCUGUCUAUUAAGAAUGAUUCAACGGUUAGUUUUGUUCCUAAGUUUAUUCUUAUUAAGCGUAAUUUGUAUUUGCUGGUUGAUGACUGGACGGCGGAAAAAGGCAAGUUUGUUAUAUCGUUGAAAAAUGCGGAUUCUGGUAAUUUACUGGAUUAUAAGUUUGUGAAUGGUGUGGACGAGACGACUCCUAUUGUUAUCAAGCAGGUUAGGAAUACUUCAAACUAUGUGUUAAAAUUUCAUUCGGACAUGCAGGAUGGGAUUCAUAAGUUUUCGAUCCGGCUUGACAAAAAGCGGAUCUGUAGGAUAUACAUUUAUCGGGAGAUAGCUGGUGUUUCGAUGGAGUGUGGGUCGACAAGCUUGCGAGAAAACGUGCCUGUUUCAUCCACGGCUACACAGGGUGAUGCGCAAGCGUCAGCUUCUUUGAAAACUGAUGAUAUUGGUGGUGGUGGUGGUGGUGGUGUUUCGGUUACGCAGCUGUCCACAGGUGCGCCGCAGAUGCCCGGGGAUCUAGUGUUGCACGAUCCUAUACCUAAAUUUAUACAGGAUGGGCCUCAAUUCAGGACUCAUUUGUCUAAUUUGGAAUCAACGCUGUUUAUUUACAAAUCCCACUUGAAGUCGCUGUACGAGCGGUCUUCUAAACUGAAAGAGUUGUUGCGAUUGGCGUCCAAAGAAUUAAAUCAGAUGGCUAAUAAGUUUGAUGAGCUUCACGAUCUGGUGAAGGAUCAGCAUGUGUCUUCUAUAUUCCGACAUUUGCUUGUAUCAUCCGCAGCUGUGUGCACGGCACAGGCGCGCAUACUGAUGCGCAAGUCCAAUGCCACUGGUGAUGAUUUACUAACUGAUUUGCGACACUAUCUACAGACAAUCGAUCUAAAACUUCUCACCAAUAAUAAAAAAUUGUAUCAUGAUCAGGCGAAAGACUUUUACUCUUAUGUUGGGAAGCAUUUGUCACAAAAUUCGGAUAGCAGGCUACUACCGAAACGAAUCCAGUUUGAAUUACAAAGGUUCGAUUAUUUCCACUCUUUGUUGACUCAUAUUUUUGGCCCCACUGGGCGUGAUUUUUCGGUUGCACUUUCUAGAUAUCAAGUUUCCUUUGAACCUACGACCACCAAUACAACCCUCCAACUUGUGAAGCAAUACAGGUCACACUAUGUGCAGUUUGAUAGAUUUAAAGGCCAGCAGCGGAUGAAGUUAUCAAAGGUUGACAACUAUUCGGACUUGAAUGACUUUUUUCAGUUACCUUCUGUCGCUGCUACAUCUAAAAACAGUCCUCUAAAGGAGGGCUUGCUUUGGUCGAAUAGGAACAGUGGGUGGCAUAAGCAGUGGGUUGUGCUGCAAGGUUCACUGCUCUCAGAAUACUCUGAUUGGAAGACAAAGGCCAAAAUUCUUAGCCGACCAUCAAUUAAUUUAACAUUUGCAUGCGUGCGGCGAUCCGACAAAAAGCCGAAUGGGUUUGAUAUCAUCACCACGGAUGCUGAAACAAGGUCUUUCCAAGCAGAAUCAGAAGACGAACUGAAGCAAUGGUUGCAAAUCUUAAAAACAGCAGUUGGUGUCAUGGACAUUGAUAAUACUGAAGAGAACAAGGAUCCAUUAUUGAUCGUUAGGAAUUCCGACUUAUCUAAUUCCAUAUGUUGUGAUUGUCGCAGUGACAAACAGGUGGAAUGGAUCUCUUUAAAUCUCUUAUGUGUCACGUGUAUCAACUGCUCUGGCGUUCAUCGAUCACUUGGUACACAUCUUUCUAAGAUCCGAUCUUUAACCUUAGAUUCUUUUAAUACUCCAGAAUCUCUUCAGUUAUUGAAAUAUGUUUCCAAUCAGAAUGUAAACAGUCUCUACGAGAUGGAAUCUGUUAGCCCUAUUCUACCAAAUGCUACUUCUGUGGAAAGGAAGAAUUAUAUCACAGACAAGUAUGUUGCAAAGAAAUAUGUUGGCCCAACAGAGGACCCAAAUAAGUUGGGAAUCUCCUUAAUAAAAGCUAUUCACUUGGAGAGUAUUUAUUUAUUACAAAAAUGUAUCUCUGGGGGUGUAUCAUUAAACGACGAACAUUGGAGUCAUGAUGAAAAUAAUGAGUCUUUAUUCCAGUACUCAUUGAAACACUAUGAAGGAACCAAGGACAAUCCAAUAUUUCCAGUCACAGAAUUUUUAGUAUUGAAUGGUCUCCAUGUUGAUGAACCGCCUGCUUCAAAUAGUUCCGAUAGCCAGUGGUCAUCAGGACAGCUAAACUACUGGACAGCAAAAUAUCAUAAUCAUAACUGUCUUCAUAAUCCAGUUUCUGUUAAGAAACUACCAGAUGUUCCUGUCGCUGAUUUUUCCGAUAAAGCAACUGUGAAGCAAGGCCAAAGAAGCAGAAGAUGGAGUAUGGGUUCCAAUCCGAAUCCUGCAACAUCUAAUAAUCAACAUUUAUCAUCUUUAAUAUCAGGAAAAUCUAAGCACUUGAAAUUUUCUAAAAUUCAAAAAUAA